UUUCAGCACAAUCACAAUCAGUUUAUCGAACGGCCAAUAUACCUGAACCUCAAGAAAAUGGUCUUGUUUAUCCUGUAAACCUAGUAACUUACCCCAAUGACAUUAUAGCCAUUCGGUUAUUUUACAAUUUAACUUGUCCAAUUAGUAGUAAUAUUAUGACCCCACUUCGUUUCAUUUCUCCAAAUUUGGUGCUUACUAUUACAAAUCUAAACUAUGCUUUUGAUCCUGUAAAUUAUUGUCCUACAAAUCAAACAAACACUACCUUAUCAGACCAGGUGAAUAUUUUUGCGAUACCAGAUAACUUUUUAUUGAUACGUUAUUGGAUAGUUCCCAAUAGUUCACCUAAUAUGGUUCAAUAUUAUGGUCUUAUCGUAUCAUCUGAUGGUACAAUAACAAAUAGGGACGCGCCAGUACAAUUGAGUGAUCCUAUCAGAAUUACCAACGCGACCGUAUCUAAUACUCAGAUUACAACCUUAGAUAUUAAUAAGAAAGGAAUUCUUUUUUUUUCAAGUUUUGAUCAAACGACAAUUAAUUGGACAAGAUUUACCUGGAAUUCUAAUGUACACACUUUGACAAACGAUGCUCACGACGUUAUUACUGCACCUCCCAAGUUUCAGAUAGAUGAUUUUAAGAGCUUUACUACGAUAGAUGGAGGUUAUGAAUUAGUUUACGCUGUUAGUUUAAAAAAUCAAGAUCUUUUAUUACCGAACGCCUCUAUUUUAAGUCCUACAACAUUAAUUGUUUUCUCGACCGUGUUAAGAUCUGAUUCUUCUAAUUUUACAGCUCCUGUCAUAAUAUAUCAAUCAUUAUUAUCAGAAACAACAAUUUCCAUCAGUAAUUGUCAAAGUAAUUCUGAAAAUCGUCCUGGCUAUGUAUGUGUUUUACAUGGCCAAAGUACACCACAAAGUUUAACACCUGGAGUGAGUUUUUGGCAAAUGUUAUCUUUUCUUUCUACAGGAACUGAUGUUUCAUCGGUGGAUUUACCCAAAAAUUUGGUAAAUGGAAGUGACAUGAUCACCUACAACUCGGCCUAUCUUUUACAUAAUGGUGGUAUUUUAAUGUUAGGUCGAAAUCAAAAUGGUACUUUACGGGGAUCGAUUUAUAAUGAUAACGGUGUAUUUGUGCAAGAUUGGGGCUUACCUCUGUCUCGAGGAAUGAUAACUUCAUACGCAGGAAGUAGUAACACCUUGUGGGCGGUUGCACCCUCAAUAAAUAACUCUUGGUCAGUGUAUGCUAUCGAUUUGCCUUCAUUUCUACCUAGUG